AGAGAGAGAGAGAGAGAGAGAGAGAGAGAGAGAGAGAGAGAGAGAGAGAGAGAGAGAGAGAGAGAGAGAGAGAGAGAGAGAGAGAGAGAGAGACAGACAGACAGAGAGAGGAUGACGGUGACAGCAGUCUUCGUCCUGUGUCUUUCUGCCAGCCAGUGCACGGUGCUUUCGGGAGCACGAGUCAGGACCGGGAGUUCCGACUGAUGGAGACGGGGAACCCAUCGGUCUGCUAGGGACACGCGCACGGAGACUCAGCUGGAAGAAUGAAAACGAUACAGUCACGGAUCCGACUGCUAUAAAACCACGGGGAAUAGAUUGAGACACGAGGUCGAGACGAGGUAAGGGGUGGAAUACCUGUUCCCAACACCUCCACUCCUCUGCUGGGGCCAAAGUGUGUGUGUGAGCGUGUGUGUGAAUGUAUGUGUUGUAUUCCGUCAAUGUUCAAUGUGUAGCGCGAGUGCUCCUGUGUGUUGACUGGAGUGUGUGUGUCUCAGGUCUAGAGCUUUGGAGAGAGUGUGUGUGUGUGAGAGAGAGAAAGUGUGUGUGUUUACGUUGUGGUGAUGGGUUCAGUGGGGGCAGAACGUCGGAAGCCCAGUCCGGCCCAGACUCCGGAGGAGAGGGAGGGAUGGAGGGAGGGGAGGGAGAGCAGCGUGGUCCAGAGCUACAGCUUCGACUCCUACCAGCUGGAGGAUGAGGACAUCAGCAAGGAUGCCCCGGAGAGGGGGGUGCUGGCUCUGUCAGAACCAGCCUUUGAGGAACCCAUCCCUGAUGACCGUUACCAUGGUAUCUACUUUGCGAUGCUAUUGGCUGGUGUGGGCUUCCUGCUUCCUUAUAAUAGCUUCAUCACUGAUGUGGACUACCUCCACCACAAGUUUCAAGGAACCUCCAUAGUGUUUGACAUGAAUCUGACCUACAUCAUGGUGGCUCUGGUAGCUGUGAUUCUCAACAACGUUCUGGUGGAGAGGCUUAGCUUACACACCCGGAUCACCGUGGGGUAUAUUUUGGCUCUUGGGCCUCUUGUGUUUAUCAGUGUGUUUGAUGUGUGGCUGGAGAAGUUUACCAACAGACAGGCGUACACUUUAAACCUCAUAUCAGUUGGAGUGGUGGCCUUUGGAUGUACAGUGCAACAGUCCAGUUUCUAUGGUUACAUGGGGAUGCUUCCUAAAAGAUACACACAGGGAGUGAUGACUGGAGAGAGUACAGCAGGAGUGAUCAUCUCUCUGUCCCGGAUCUUCACCAAGCUGCUGAUCAAGGACGAGAGGAGGAACACGCUCAUCUUCUUCCUCAUCUCCAUCGCCAUGGAGAUGCUCUGUUUCCUGCUGCACCUGCUGGUGCGGAACACACGGUUUGUGUGCUACUACACCGGACACGCCCACAGGGGGUCCGGCCACGGGAAAGGUCAUGACCCCCGCGACCCAGGGACAGGAUACAGGGUGCAUCAUGAUGUGACCUCGGAGGAAGUAAGAUUUGGGAACGGUGCAGUGGGCGUGUCUGAUGAUGUCACUGAUGAGUUUGCUGGAGGGACGUACGUCCGCUUCGGUGUUCCCAAAGUCCAGAAGAGCUGGCCCGGCCUCAGAGAUAUGAUCCUGCACAGGUAUGUGGUGGCGCGUGUAAUCUGGGCCUACAUGCUGUCUAUAGCGGUGACCUACAGCAUCACUCUGUGUCUGUUCCCUGGCCUGGAGUCUGAGAUACGCAACACCACCUUGGGGGAGUGGCUUCCCAUACUCAUCAUGGCUACUUUCAACAUGGCCGACUUCGUAGGCAAGAUCCUGGCAGCGCUGCCGUAUGAUUGGCCGGGCUUGCGUUUGCUGCUGUUCUCCUGUCUCCGGGUGGUGUUCAUCCCCCUGUUUGUCAUGUGUGUGUACCCGUCCUCGGCCCCCGCCCUGGCACACCCUGCGUGGCCCUGCCUCUUCUCCAUGCUCAUGGGCGUCACCAACGGAUACUUUGGCUCCGUGCCCAUGAUCCAGGCCGCGGGGAAGGUCCCUCCUGACCAGAGGGAGCUGGCGGGGAACACCAUGACGGUAUCCUACAUGACUGGGCUGAUGCUGGGUUCCUCAGUAGCGUACGCAGCCUACAGGUUCACUGCUGGUGCACCAGGAGCUGGUGCCCCGACACACUCCCUCACCAACUACACCAGAGGGAACUGAACCCACACUCUCACACACAUUCUCUCACACU